UGAAGCAAACGGACGUAAAAAGUGUAGCUCUAUCCUUGUGCCGCAGCAUCUACUUUUUGCCCGUGUGAUCAUUAAUCGUCAUCAUCAUUGCUUACCUACCGUCUCCUGCUGGGAAUAUCCACUGACUAUACUACGACCGGUGGAGCGCGCGUUUGAAUUUUAUCGUGUGUGUGCGUUUUGUUAUGGUAUUUCCUUCCUUGUAUAAACAGUCGCGUAUAGUACGAAGUUGAUAUCAGUCCCUACUAGUUAAGUGAUGUACCGCAGAUGCACACACAGCUCAGCUCAAUCAAGCCGAUUAAAUGAAAAGCACAAGAUCUACCUAUUUGUCGUCCAACUGUUGUUGUGAAUAAAUUUAGUGAAAAACUUGCCAGCGAUAAAUUAAAACCAUGAUAAGCCUACCGAAGAACAUCGAAAACAUUUGCCGGCUAUGUCUGACGGAAACAGAUGGAAGUGAUAUGCUACCGCUCUUUCCGGUGCGCGGAGGAAACCCAUUCGCACCUCAUACGGUUGUAUCGAAGAUCCUGAAUUGUACAACGGUUAAGAUUGAACAUCACGAGGGUGCUCCGGUUACAAUCUGUGAGUUCUGCAACACGCGCCUAGAAGACUGGCAGGCCUUCCGGGAGCAAUGUAUCGGUACGGAUGAGUACCUGAAAGCUACUUACCGGCACAUUUUCUACCCCAGUGAAACAGUGCUUCCGCCACAAAGCACGGAAAAUGCUACACAGCUAAAAUCGCCCCAACCGGUUUCGCCAGAAAAUGGCGACGAUGAUAGUCAAAGUUAUUUGGUCGGAGAAGAAAUUCCACUGGAAGAUAUGAUGCAACAGACCGAGCAAUAUUACAAUAACAGCUACGAGGAUAUGGACGAUGCUCAGGAGUCCGACUCAGUGAUUCAGCACAUGAGCAUUCAGAACGGUAUCAGAGUUCCUAAAUGGUCGAAGGAGUUUGGCGCAAAACUCAAUACACUGCUGCAUGUAGUUGGUGGAGAACGACCCCAUCAGUGCAAAAUCUGUCGCAAACGAUUUCUCCGACGUCCGCAUUGCCGACGCCAUGUGGCCCAAGCUCACCCGGCUGAAAUUGAUGAUGUUGAAUUGCCCCGAAACUGGCAGUCGAUGAUCCGUCGCAGAUUUGUCUUCUCGAAGGCUCCAGUUCAACGGGUUUUGGAACCUGUACCACCACCACCUGCUGUGCGGGAGGAUCAGUACGAACCAACUCCGGAAAGGCCUCACCAAUGUGAAGUAUGCAAAAAAUGUUUCAAACGAAUGCAACACCUCAGAAGACACAAAACAUCUCAUCUGCAAAUUGAGAUUGAUCGCUCGGAGAUCAUGCGUGGAAUUCAGGAGCAACAGAAAGCGGAACAACAGCUCAAACAAUUGAUUAGUCCUACUGCUGCUGACAAUGACAUUAUUAUAAAUAGUGCUGAAGAUGACGAUGUUAUAGCUCUUUCCGAUGAAGAAGACAUGGGCGAAGAGAUAUCCCCUGAAGAAUUCAAUGGUUUGGGGGAUUUCGUCGAUGAAGAAAAUACUUCGGUUUCUAACGAACAACCAACAAAGCGACCCCGUCUCUCAGAUAUACCUCAUAUAUACUAUAGUAGCGAUGACAACAGCCACGAUUUAUCGGCUUAUACCAAGUACGGAACACUUCGUCAGAGGGCACCGCCAAUGGAGAAAAUGCCAGGCGAGCGACCAUAUCUUUGUAAAUUGUGCCAUAAAACCUUCAAACGCACCGAUCACCUAAAGUCACACAUGCGAAUACACAGCAAAACCACACCAUUCAACUGCGAUUGGUGCCAGAAAGGAUUCCGUUACCGGCAGAACUAUUUGAUUCACAUGAAAAACAAAACCUGCUUCAGCGAACGGGGAAAGUUCCGGGGACACCCGAUGCCACGGUUGCAACCGAAACCGGGCCUCGAAACGGUGGCGAAUGGCGGUGAGAUGGUUCUGGGCGAUUAGAGAUUACGUGCCAUGUUUAUCUGCAGUGCACAUACUAGUUAGUGUACGUUUAAUCUUAAGUUAAUAUAUAGUGCAACAUGUUGAACAAAACUCAAGUAUGUACUCACCAAACAGAACAAACGGUAGGCUUAGUACUACGACUCGAAUACAAAGAUUUUCAUUUUAUGACUACUUUAAUGUAACAACUUUUUAUCAUAUAUUGACGAAUGCAAAUAAAAUGCUGAACAGAUUUAAA